GAAGAUAAAAACAGCACGCGCUAGCUCGGUCGAGUCGUCGUCGUCGCCUCAAACCACCCGCCUCGGCCUCUCUGUCCCGGACGAACACCUCGCAGCCUCUGCUAUUCUCGCCACCACCUCCGCGUCCGCUCGCCUCAAGAAAGCAUCCCCGCACGCGGCCAUGGCAAUGCCAUUGCGGGAUCCAACAGACCGCGCUGCUAUGUCCGCGCCGUUGCUCCCGCGUUCCGCCUUCGUCUCCUCCGCAUCGUUCUCCUCCUUUUCGUCCGUCGCCUCGUUCUCCUCCACCUCGUCGUCGUUCUCCGACCCGGCCGUCCCGUCGGAUGUCGUCGAGGCGUUGCCGAUGUCGAGGGACUCGUUCAAGGCGCUCGCCGUGCUGAGGGACCACCAGGGCUCGGUGUCGUCCCUCUCGCUCUGCGGGGAGUUCUUGCUCAGCGCGUCCACCGGCGCAGACAUCGUCGCGUGGCAGCAGCCGGAUCUCCGCCGCUUCGCGAGGUUCGGGCAUGGGGAGGGGUCCGUCAAGGCGCUCGCCGCCGCGGGGGGCAGGGUGUUCUCCGCGCACCAGGACGGCCGCGUCCGCGUCUGGCGGGUGUCGCGGCGGUCGGAGAACGCGUUCAAGCUCGUCGCCGCGCUGCCCACCACCAGGGACUACCUGGGCAAGAUCUUCCGCCACGCCAGCUACGUGCAGACACGCCGCAACCACCGCCGCCUCUGGAUCGAGCACGCCGACAGCAUCUCCUGCCUCGCCGUGCACGACGGCGUCGUCUACUCGGGCUCCUGGGACAAGACGCUCAAGGUCUGGCGCAUCUCCGACCUCAAGUGCCUCGAGUCGAUCCACGCCCACGACGACGCCAUCAAUGCCGUCGCCGCCGACAGCGGCACCAUCUACUCCGCCUCCGCCGACGGCCACGUCAAGGCGUGGGGGAAAGGCAAGGCGGCGCACUUCCUCCAGGGCAUCCUCAUCUCCCGGGACGGCGUGUCGUGGAACGCCCUCGUGGCGAGCGCCGACGCCGGGGCUCGCCGCGUGUACGCCGCCGGGUCGGACGGGCACGUCGUCGGGUGGGACAGGGUAGGCGGCAGGGGCAGCCGCUGGAGCCUCUCCUGCGACGUGAAGGCGCACGACAUGGCCGUGCUCUGCCUGUGCGUCGCCGGCGACCUUGUCUUCACGGGCUCCGCCGACAAGACCAUCGGGCUGUGGCGCUGGCAGACGAGCGGCGACGGCGACGGCGCCGCCGCCGCCGCCCUCGCCAGGGUGGGCGUGAUCAGAGGCCAUGAGGGCCCCGUGAAAUGCAUCCAGGCGAGCUGGUGCAGGGUCAGCAAUGGCUGCAUGGUGUACAGUGGAGGGCUCGACAAGAGCAUCCGAGUUUGGUGGGUGCCCAAUGGCUGGAAGGCCAACGAGCAGAAGCAGCAGCAAGAAAAUGACACGAAAGAUCACAAGAACUGCGUGUUCUUGAGGUGAAUCGUGUCAGGUCAGGUCAAAAUGUGUUCUUGAUUUGUGUUGUGUUUGUAGAUCGUAGUUUGGAUUGUUUGGUAGCACACUGCCUUGGUUGGGUUGAUGAUCUACUCUGAUGGAUAUAUUGGAGGAUAUGAAUUAAGGAGUCAUGAAGGUAUUAGUUUUAGAUUUGGGUGUAAAUGGCUGUAUACUUUUAUACCUAAUUCAUACACAUUUUGAUUAAAUGGAAAUAUCAGUAAUAAUGGUUAUCAUAA